AUGAAUUUGAAUGGUGAAAUCGCCUUAACUACUCAGGAAGUUUGCCGCCUAUUUGCCGAAAAAUUCGCGAGCGUUUUCAGUGACGAAAGGAUGAGUGACGACAGCCAAGUCUCUAUCGCAGCAGGGAACGUUCCCCUAAAAAACCAGUCUUUGGGUGCCUUCAACAUCGAUUAUGACAUGAUCCUGAGAGCCGCAAAUCAGUUAAAAUCGUCAAAUAAUCCCGGACCCGACGGCGUACCGGCCGUCUUCAUCAAAAGGCAUAUCGAGAGUUGGCUUGUUCCACUUCUCUUCUUGUUCAGAUCUUCGAUCAUCAAUGGUAUUUUCCCCUCCUGCUGGAAGUUUGCACUAAUGUUCACAGUCCACAAAAAGGGAGACAAACGCGAUGUGAACAACUAUCGAUGGAUUACAUUGUUUUUCCUCUUACUCAUCCUGGCAGCCAGUUCCGACGGCAUCACAAUAGAAUGUAGGGGCAGCAACUAUUAUAAUGACAACAAUUGUACUUUCAACGGAGUUUAUGUAACUGAUUUGUCGACAGAAAUCUAUUUUCAGUCCAGCUACUACACUCGCUACAACUUCCACUUCACCAACUCUGUGCUGAAGGAAGUUCCGAAAAGGAUAUUCGAAACAUUCUCCACUGUUCAGACGUUGUAUUUGUCCGAUUGCAGCAUAGAAACACUAAGCCGCUACACGUUUGAACGGGCGAGCUCCAUGGUGUGGCUGAACAUGUCUGCAAAUAUGCUUUCUGAACUAAAUAAUUUAGUAUUCAGUGGUGCAAAGCAAUUAAGCUUACUGGAUCUGAGUGGAAACAAUAUAUCAAACAUUGAAGAAAAGGCAUUUUAUAAUUUGGGACAGCUAACAACACUGUUACUUAAUGGAAACAAACUAAAAUCGUUUGCAGACUCUGUUUUUUCUCACUUACCAGCACUGAUGAAGUUAUAUGUGGCAAGGAAUGAAUUAGAAAACCUGCAAAGUGGACUGUUCCAGUUUAAUCCGUCGUUGAUUGUUUUAUUUCUGCAGAGUAAUAAUUUGGUAUCCUUAGAUAAAAACUUGUUCAACGGAAUCAGUAAUAUGGAGUAUUUAUGGCUAAGAAGUAAUAGUCUAACAAGCUUCGAGUUUGAUGACUUGAAAGUGAAAAGAAUUAAUAUUGCCAACAAUCAAUUGAAGAAAUUGAAGCUGAACUCGGCAACAGAAUAUUUAAUUGCAUAUAACAACUCUAUUUCGGAAGUCACGGCAGAUAACUUUGCAGAACUUAACCUGAAUAGUCUGGAUCUGUCUUGGAAUAAUCUUACUUCUAUGAAUGGAAUAGACCAAAUUAGCAGCUUGACAAUUCUUGAUUUAUCGCACAACAAAAUCGGUGCACUGAAUCUUACAAGCUUCGCCGAUCUGAAAAAUCUCGUUGAUCUGAAUCUGGAGGACACUGCAAUCAAUAAUCUACAACAUGGCACAUUUUCUCAACUCAUAGUUCUAAAGCGCUUGGAUAUUUCCUACAACAAGCUGAGCCGCAUUGAUUUCGACAUUUUCACAUCAUCAAGAGAAAUGGAGGACAUAUUCAUCGAUGGGAAUAGACUUAAAGACGUAAAUUUUCUAGAAAUCAACACAAUAUUUCCUAAUCUGAAAACAAUCAGCAUCGCAGACAAUAAUUGGAACUGCACUUUCCUGACGCGAAUGAUACGAGGUUUAAACACUCUUAACAUCACGGUUGGUGGAUCUAAAAGUGAAAAACUGGUUUCUGACAAAACUAACGUGAAGGGAAUCUACUGCAGUGAUAGCACGAACCCACUCGCAGAAUGGAACGUGACUGUCAAACAUUUGGACAAAUAUCUGAACGAAUCUGUUCCGAUUCCAGAUUCCUCGGAGAUUAGGCAAAUCAUGCAAAAUGCAAUUGAUGACAUCAGUAAGUUCAGUGACCAGCGAGAGGCUAUUGCAAACAAAUCCAAUCAUAUUGAAGCGGAGAUUUUUGACCUGACGAAAAAACUUAUGUCAUUUGAAAACGAUAUUUAUCAGGUUAAAAAAUCGAUUCUGGAUGUGAAGAUAGCCCAACUGACAAAUGCAACCAACGUAACUUCCCAAGUUUCCAACGAUCUGAGGAAAAUGAUGCAGGAGUUGAAUGAUCUAACACUUUCAAAGUUAAAGCAAACCAAAGAAGAGCUAGAAUUUAAGCUCUAUCAGCAGUCGUUUAAAAACGACAAACUGGAGGAGAAAAUCUCCGAUACGACGGGAAAACUUCAAACGCUUUCCAAACAAAUCGAUCAAAACCGGGCCUCUACGUUUUUAAGCCACAACACCAUGGAACUGAGAGCACCGUCAACGUCCGGAGACACGGCCUCAUCCGGAACCGGGUCCGUGCAGAUAAUGAUGGUUAUGGCGCUGAUUCUGCUGAUUGCUCUGCUGACAAUGGCGGUGCUGGCAGCUUAUCGAAAUCGUUUGCCGUUCAGUAGGAAGCGCGGCGAACGCUAUGGAACGUCGAACACGCUGGCCACUAUAGUGGACGAUAUUUAAAUAGGCGGCACUUAGAGAUAAGAACCGAAUAUUUCUUCCCGUAAGAGGAACGAUAAUUUGAAUCAUAAGAAAUAAUAUUCGAAAUACUUGAGCUCCACUAAAAUAUAGUGUGAUAUAAAUGUGUAUGAAGUUGCGAACUGAGUUUUGUUUGUAUUCAUGAUCUUCUUACAUCUAGAGAAUAAAUAUUUUUUGAAGUUAUUUCUCAUUAACAAGCAAAGCAACUAACACAGAAAAUCACAAAAUAAACGAAAAACCCUUCAAAAUGUAA